UAUCAGAACUUCUUUUGAUUUUUCCCUAGGUUUGAAGAUAAAUAAAGUGAUUUCCGUCAAACAUGGAGGAGUACCUUGGUCUUGGGGCUGUUACUGCAAUGAAAAGAUUUUUCGUGUUGAUUUCUUUAACUGUCUUAUUUGACAGAACGUCGGGAGGAUUUGAUUAUGAGUAUGUUUCAUGUGGAUCAACAUUGAAGCUGAAAAAUAAUUACCACGGAGUUCGUUUACAUUCGCAUGAUGUUAAAUAUGGAUCAGGAAGUGGACAGCAAUCUGUAACAGCAGUAGAUUCAACUGAUGACCAUAACAGCUACUGGCAAAUAAGAGCCAAAACUGGGACAGAAUGUAUAAGAGGAAAUCCCAUUAAAUGUGGACAAACUGUCAGACUUUUGCAUGUCUCCACUCGAAGAAAUCUACACAGUCAUCAUUUCCAGUCACCUUUGUCCAGAAAUCUAGAAGUCAGCGCCUUUGGAGAAGAAGGAGAGGGAGACGAAGGGGAUCACUGGGUUAUUACUUGCUCAGGGAAAUACUGGAGUAGAAAUGAAAAGAUUCGGAUAAAAAAUGUUGUUACUGAAAAUUACUUGCAUGUUGCUGGGGACACUUUUGGUCGACCGAUCCAUGGUCAGAGAGAGGUCAGUGGGUACCCCUCUCCCUCCGAGAUGAAUUACUGGCAAGCAGCUGAAGGCAUUUUCAUCAAACCGUCUGAACAACCGCAAGGAUCAAAGAAUUCUCAUGAUGAAUUGUGAUGAAAAAUGGAACUUAGUAAUACUUUUACUAUUUAAUUGUGGGAAUUUCUUUCGUGGGUAAUUGUUUUGUAUGAAGAAGAAAAAAAAUUAUGACUGUGUGAUAUAAUUGAAACAGAAAUAUUUUUCCAUGUAGUACGUAUGUGUUGUUCUGUUAAAAUUUAUUCUUUGAUAUGGAACCAUAUUGCAGUACUUUGGUCUUGAAGCACAUACCUGUGUGCAAUCAAUUUCAAACCAUCAAUGCUUUGUCUCUUUCUUACUGUAGUGUGUUGUAUGUUUGAUAUCAUCAAGCCAUUUUUAUUCCAUCUCAGUAUACAUGUAUCUGUUAAUAUUUUUAGUCAUUUUCUCAACUCCAUCUGACAUCAAACAUCGAAAUAUUGUCAUCUUCAAGUCUUUUUCACAAGUUUUUUCGAUUUUAUCUCAAUUUAUUUGUAGUAUUAAUGUGAAUGUUGUGUAGAAAACAUGCAAUCAAAAUUGAAAAAUUUGGGUUUUUUGUCUUCUUGAUAAAAUGUGGGUUAAAAGAAAAUAUGUAUGAAUAUCAGGUUAAAUGUUUUAUUGUUGUUUAUAGUUCAUAAACUACUGCUUUUAUUAGUCUGUUUUUGUUAUUAUGUUUUUGGUUGAAAAUUAUAAUUUUCUAAAUAAAAAAAGUUCUUAAUUAUAAAAAUACCAUAAAAACAAACCCAAGGAACACAAAAAGGGUUCAAAUUACAAAUGUACUUUAAAGGUAUUUGGUUUAGGAGGAAGAACUUUAUACGAGUACCUGAUAUAUGUAUAAAAAUAGAUUAAUCAUACAAUAGAUCAAAUGUGAUAGAUGAAUAUACAUGUACAUAAUGAGAGAAAAAUGUAAUUACCGGUAAACAAAUAUUCUUUAGACUAAGAAAAGAGCUAAAUGUGUGAUAAUAUAGAAAUAACCAUGAAAAGCAUAUUUAAUUUUCACUCAGCUCUAUAAAAAGGUGGUCAAGGCUUUAAUAUUUAAGAUUUUUGUAUUCAUUUAAUAUAUAUACCCAUUUACUCUGUAUUGCAAAAUUUCAGAGAAAAAGGUGCAUAAUUGCUGUACAUAGUAUUUGACAUAGACGAUGUGAAAAAAUGCUCAGGUAUAAAUCAGUUUCUCUUAUUUAGUUAUGAAAUCUUACAUCAUAUUGGCAAUGUACAUGUAUACGCACUGUCCUUCUUAUCUCUAUUUAAGAAUAUUUCUUAUAUUUAAUAAAGAGUUACUGAUAACGUAUUUUACUUGUUAGUUUAAAAAUUUCAACCCUCAUUCAUUAUGCACAUUUAAAUGCUUUAUAUUUUAAUUAAUAAAUGUGUACUGACUAUAUAGUACAGUACAUGUAGAUCUACUAAG